GGGUGGGGCGGGGGCGGCCCCGCGGGGACCGAGCGGGGCAGCUCCGGGGGCCGGGGCGGGCGGGGGGUCCCGCUGCCCCCCGCCACCUCCAUGCAGGGGAUGGGGAACCUGCGGCUGGGCAGCCGCGCUGUCAUGUACACGGCCGAGACGCUGCCCAAGGGCAAGAACCGAGUGAUGGGGACCAUCCAGAUCAUGACGGGCUUCAUGCACAUCGGCUUCGGCAUCAUCCUCACCACGCUCACCAAAGUCUACACCUCCGUCUUCGUCAUCGGCGAGAUCCCCUUCCUGGGCGGCGUGUCGUUCAUCAUCUCCGGCUGCCUGUCCAUCGGGGCGGAGAAGAGCCCCACGGAGUGUGCGGUGAAGGGCAGCCAGACCAUGAACGUCAUCAGCGCCAUCUUCGCUCUGCUGGGUAUCGUCGCCUUCAUCGUAGACCUCAACCUCAACGGGCUCUACCGCUCCGGCCUCGACUACUACAGCUACCUGGUCCUGCUCGCAGGGAACGGCAUCUCCAUCGUCUUGCUCAUCUUCACCAUCCUGGAGUUCUGCAUCGCUGUGGCCACCGCCAACUUUUGGUGCCGGGCCACCCGCCUCAGCUCGAACGAGGCCAUGCUGAUCGUCCCCAGUGCCACCCAGGGGGACCUGGCGGUGCCGCUGACCGAGCUGCCACAGCCGCCCAGCUACACCGAGGUGAUCUACGACCCCAAAGAGCAGCCCAGUUAAAGCGGAGCCGCGGCCGGGCUGGUUCCCAGCAGCAUGUCACACCUUCUCCCGUUGCCACCAGUGCCUCCCGACCUGGGAAAGCAUGUCCCCCCCAGCCCUGACCCCCCCAAAAAAGCAGCAGCUCUUGGGUUUCUUUGCAUCCCCAAAAUCUCGCCAGGUGCUGGCACUGAGGAUUUGGGUAUGGGGUCCUGCUUCUACUCUCCACAAACCAUUCCCAGCGCUGCAGCAGCAUCCUCCCACUAUGCUGCAGGCUGAGACAUGCUGGUACCCCCCAAAAAGCCAGCGAGCACCCCAGAUUUGCCCCCUCCCUGCCCACCUGCUGUGUCUCAAAGCGGGGCUCUGCCUGCCGGCUGCUUUGGAGAAGGGAUUUCUGCGGGGGAUGCUUCGUGGGGUGUUUCUGCCCGUAAAUCCCUGGUUGGCUGCUGGGGUUUGUUCAUUUUGGGGUUCAAGGGCUUCUCGGGGUCGGGUGGCCACGUUGCAGACACCCCAUAGAGCCCCCGAUGUGUGGGGGCAGCUGGAGCAUCUACCUCGGCUCCUACCCCCCCAGCUUGAAUUAUCUUCCAAAUAAACGCUCUGCCCAA